ACAGAAAACUAUUACACAGCAAUGUCCAUAGCAUUGACAUUUCUUUUUCUUCUUCUCGUUUUUGCUUCUUCUCACUCAAUACCACUCGGAUCUACUCUUCACGCUUCAGAUCGCCACCACUCAUGGCAUUCUCCUAACUCUGCCUUCUCUGUAUCCUUCAUCCCAGCAGCAACUCCCGGCUCCUUCCUCUCAGCCAUCUUGUUUUCCAACACUGUCUCUAUCUGGUCACCCGGAACUGUCGAUUCCGGUGGAUCUCUCCGUCUCCUCCGUUCUGGCUCCCUCCGCCUCGUUAACUCCUCCGGCGCUACUGUUUGGGACUCCGGCAGCGGAAAUCAAGGAGUCACUUCGGCCACUCUAGAAGAUUCUGGAAACCUCGUCCUUCGGAGUCACAGAAACAAGACAGUAUGGUCUUCCUUUGCUCACCCGAGCAGCGUCAUCGUCCCCACGCAGCGUUUCACCGUCGGUAUGUCUCUCCGGUCUGGUUCUUACUCGUUUCAUCUUACGGAAGAAGGGAGUCUGAAUCUUAAGUGGAACAAUAGUAUAGUUUACUGGAGCCAAGAGCUUAAUAUUCCAAACUUGAAUCUCUCGUCUCCAAGUUUUGUAUUGGAACGUAACGGAGUCGCCUCUAUUUUCGACUCUGUGUUACUAAACGGCGUCGUGACUUCUAUUCGCAGCAACGAUUACGGAGAGGGAAACGAUGUGUUUAGGUUUUUGAAGUUGGAGGAAGAUGGAAAUUUGAGAAUCUAUAGUGUCUCUACAGGUAGUGAGAUUCAGACACAGACUUGGGUAGCUGUUGCUGACCAGUGCCAAGUGUUUGGUUUCUGUGGGAACUUUGGGAUUUGUAGAUACGAUGGUUUUUUCCCGAUAUGUGAGUGUCCGUCGGAGAAUUUUGUUCCAAUUGAUGUGAAUGACAUGAGAAAAGGCUGUAAGAGAAAAGUGGAGCUUGAGGAUUGUCCUAGUAACUUGGGCAUGCUUGAUUUGAACAACACUAGGUUCUUGACAUACCCACCUGAAGUGUCUGCUCAACGUUUCACUCUGGGGACAGAGGCGUGCCGUGCUAUUUGUCUUGUUGAUAGUUUAUGUUUUGCUUCUGUUCUAAUGGCGGAUGGAUCUGGUAUUUGUUUUCAAAAGCUAUCCGGUUUCGUUUCUGGUUAUAAAAGCCCUUCGGUUCCUAGUACAUCUUCUUUAAAGGUUUGUAAACCAGUUUUACCAUACUCAACGGUGAAGAAAAGUGAUGAACGGUGGUUAAUCCAUGCGUUAAUUAUAGCUCUGGCUGUUAUCGCCGUGGUUUUUUGUUUGGCUGCGAUAGUGGGAGUUUUAUGGUGCUGCUGCUGCAGAGAUAGUCUUAAGUUUGGAGCUUUGUCAUCUCACCAUACUUUACUUGAGUACGCGUCUAGUGCACCCCUGAGAUUCUCUUACAAGGAGCUGCAGCGUUGCACCAAAGGUUUCAAGGAGAAGCUUGGUGUUGGAGGUUUCGGCACUGUGUACAAAGGCGUGCUUGUUAACAGGACCGUGGUUGCCGUGAAACGAUUAGAAGGGAUAGAACAAGGAGAGAAGCAGUUUAGGACAGAGGUGGCCACCAUAGGAAGCACACAUCACUUGAAUCUGGUCAGACUGAUUGGUUUCUGCUCCCAAGGACGCCAUAGGCUUCUUGUCUAUGAGUUCAUGAAAAAUGGGUCGCUUGACAACUUCCUUUUUGAUACGGAGUCUGGGACAUUGUUGAAUUGGGAGUAUCGGUUUUCUAUUGCCAUCGGAACCGCUAAGGCAAUUCUUUAUCUCCAUGAGGAGUGUUCUAAUUGCAUUGUACACUGCGAUAUUAAACCGGAGAACAUUCUCUUGGAUGAAAACUUUAAUGCCAAAGUGUCGGAUUUUGGACUUGCUAAACUCAUGCCAAGCGACAAGAGAAACUGGAACAUGAGUUGUGUCCGAGGAACCAGGGGAUAUUUAGCCCCAGAAUGGGUCGCAAAUCUUCCAAUAACUUCAAAUUCUGAUAUCUACAGUUAUGGAAUGGUUCUGUUAGAGAUUGUGAGCGGAAGACGGAAUUUUGAAGUCUCUGAAGACACAAACUACAAGAAAUUUUCAGACUGGGCGUAUGAGGAAUUCGACAAGGGUAAUAUUGAAGUAGUCUUGGACAAAUCUCUUCACGGAGAUGAAACAGUCGAUACUGAACAAGUGACGAGGAUGGUUCAGGCCAGUUUCUGGUGCAUACAAAAGCACCCGUCUCAUAGACCGUCUAUGGGGAAAGUAGUGCAAAUGCUAGAAGGAAUUGUGGAGAUGACCAAGCCGUUGGCUCCAACUGCUUUAGUCAGCGAAUCAGUAACAGAAAAUAGAUAGAAUAGGCGUUUUGCUUUCUUGAGCAGUGUUUCAGCGUUGGUUGCAUUUAACUCAGCUUACCUUCUUGUCUUCGUCCUCACAAACUCCGGUAAGAAAUGGG